UUAUAGGCGAGAAAUUUGUUAAAACAGAAAAACAAAUUUUUAACGACAAAUUUUUUUUAUACAUUAAGCAAAAAAAUAGUAUAACGAGAAAACCUAGUGGUACAGUUUCUUUGACACAUUUCAUUAGAAACUUGUUCUCUAAGCCUCUGUUGUUCUGUUAGCAUAAGAUGAUUCGAUAAGGUUUUGUUUUCAAAUAAAACGUGUGUGUGUGUGUGCGUGCGUGUAUUGCAAAGAAUUUUAAAAACAACACAGAAAUGGCGUCAGCUGGCGAUAUUCAUUCAAUUUUAUAUAAAGGCGAUAUUUUGCAACCUAAGGAACCAACAUAUAAUGCAGCAAAGAGAGUAGUGCGUUACUUCCCUGGACAGGUUCCGGAUUAUGCUUGCUCUAACGAUGAAGAGGUUUGGGAUGAAGUGCCACAAAAUACCAAGGUUAUUGCGCAAGAUUGUACUGCGGGUCCGAAAAAUUCUCUAGGAGUGAACCAGGAUCCCCCCUUUCAAACAAUUCAUGAACGGAGAUUGCGUUUACUUCAAGAUAUUAAGGAGUCUAAUCUUACAAGUGAUCCGGUUGUUAGAAGAAAACGACGUCAUAAAGUGACCGAAGUAGGAACCAUUUUAAAACAUGGAACCAAGACUAUUGACACCGUCAUCACUUUACGUGUUGGUGUACCGCAAACGUCGUUAGAAGCCAAUGAAGAACAAGUAGAGAAUUCACGACUUCGAAAACGCGCAAUAGCUCUGGAAGCACGGUUGAAAGAGGAAGCUGUGAAACGGUCUGAAUUUGAAGCCUUGCAGCCUUCAAACGAAAUACAGUCGGAGGAAAAUUCCGAUACAUCAUCGGAAUAUUCAUCUGAGCAAGACGUAACACACGAGAAUCGUCCAAUUUUUUUACCAAGGAACCAAAGAACACUGUGUCAGGACCAAAAAAGAGAAAUAACACAGCCUUUAGACACUCCCAACGAUACGAAUUCUAGUGAGACUCGUCGUAAAGAAUCCAAAGAUUUACUUGUGUCCGUCAUCGCUGAAGAAGAAGAACAACUAAGGCGUUAUCUUGAAGCAAAUCAGAAAGGGGCAUGGGACCCGGAAUCUCUACCUGAUGAUGACGACGCUGUGAAUGAGGAAGCUGAAUAUGAACUUUGGCGAAUAAGAGAAAUGAAGAGAAUUCUCCGGUGUCGAGAGGAAGCGAACAAAAGACAAGUGUUUUUGAGUGAAAUUGAAAGAAGGCGUCAUAUGACAGAGGAAGAGCGUCGUGAAGAUGAUAAAAGAUUAGAUGCUUUAAAACCUCAACGUGAAAAACCAUCCAAAUACAAAUUUAUGCAAAAAUAUUACCAUAAAGGUGCUUUCUUUCAAGAUAAAGCUGAAACAGCCGAGGAACCAUUAUAUCUACGCGACUAUAAUGUACCUGUCGGUGAGGAUAAUAUAGAUAAAACUUUGCUACCACAACCCAUGAGGUUACGACGAGAUCAAUUCGGUAAAGCGGGACAAGUUAAACAUACACAUUUGGCUGAUGUUGAUACCACUGAUUUCACAUCUGCUUGGUAUAAAGCAAACACUACUAAAUCAUUUCCUAGAAACUCAGAUGCACGAAAGAAAAAUAAAAUAUCUAAAUACAAUUUUUAAAAAAAAGGCAAAUUUUUAAAAAGCGACACAUCCAUUUUUUUAAUAUCGUUUCUUACGGGGCUGUCCACACAGCUAAUUACAUAGGGCAUAGUUGUAUUUUUUUUUCUUUAUCUUUUUGAAGAUUAAUCCAAAUAGACGUAUCCCAAAGGAAGUUGUUUUCUUUUAGUGAAA